CAGAGUUCGAGCGUACACACUAUCCUGACGUCUUCGCCCGGGAGCGGCUGGCGGAGAAGAUCGGACUCCCGGAGGCGCGGAUACAGGUUUGGUUCAGUAACCGCCGAGCAAAAUGGCGGCGGGAGGAGAAGCUGCGAAACCAGCGCCGAAGUGUGGACCAAGUCGGCGUGGGCGUGGGCGUGGGGAUGGCCAACAGUGCAGCCGCAGCAGCCUCGAGGCUCCCCCUCCAGUCAGGCUUCAACUCCAUGUACCCGUCCAUUCCCCAGCCCAUCGGCACCAUGGCGGAUACGUACAGCAUGUCCGGAUCGCUGAGCUCCAUGGCGCGGCUCCUGCCUGCAGCAGCGCGACGCCGCCUCCGCCUACCCGUACAUGUUCCACACGACCCGCUGUCCUCGCUCUCCUCCUCGUACCAGCGGUCCUCGUCGCAACUCGCCUCCUGCGGGAACGCGGCGUCGCAGGCAGCAGUGUCCUCCUUCAACGCCGCAAGCCACGCGGCGGCCGCCUCCUACGCCGCGGCCACGUCCUCCGCGGGCGGCACGGGAACUGAUCAUCCGUCCAUCAAGAAAAGAAAAGAGAAAAAGGUCGAGGCGGUGAUCUCUCAGCUGGACGCCUCCGAGCGAUCCGAAACACAGGUGUAUCCCCUUCAAUCAUCGCGCCAAGACAGAAAACGGGAACCAGCCAGGUUUUUCUUCAUUUUGACAUUAAGAUGCAUUACACCUCUGAUUAUGGCUGAUGAUUAUGGACAUUAA